AUGAACAAAGUCAAACGCACCUACAGCUCGCGCUCGCGGCUGUCACUCCCGUCCUCCUCACCAUCAUCAUCGCCACCGUCCACAACGAAACGCAAGUGCUUCGGGGAAGGCGGCGAGAACGAGCCCCCAAUAAAGAAACGGAUAACAAUCAAAACGUCGCCUUCGGGGAGGUCGGCAAAGCCAAAACAAAGCGUCCUAAGGCAGCUUCAUUUCUCUAUAGAAACCUCAGUUCUACGAACUUGCACAAUUUGUGGCCUCUCAUAUACACGAGGCGCACCGGACGACGAGUCAUUGCAUCGUGCCCAUUGCUUACGCGUACAAAGGGGAAUGGAGUGGGGGAGAGAGGAAGAACGGGAGGCAGAGAAGGUCGGCGUGGAAGAAAUACAAUCUGCAGUGAAGCUGAAAGAUGGAAAGAAAGGCCGCAUUAUCUGCUUCAAGGCGAACGUUAGUGGGAGAAUUGGAUCUAAGCUUACGAUAUUACUCGAGACGAUAAAUCUUGCCCUUUCAUCCCCUCCGCUAUCAACCGACAUCCUACAAUCAUCGAAGGCAUACCUCUAUCUGAUACCAUCACUGACCAAUUCGCAUCGAGAGAAGAUAGUCGGCUGCGUCAUUGCUCAACGAAUAUCUACUGCCAUGACUGUCGCCGCUCCUUCAGAAACUUUACUUAAGCGUGAUUCCGAUGAAGCCACUCACCGCCACUCACCCCCGUCAUCGCCGACUCACAGGCUGGUCGCAGUCGACACGACCUCGGGGCUCUUUUGCCAUCCAGAGGCCUUGCCUACGCCCCUCGGUAUACCACGUCUAUUUGUCUCGUCGGCACAUCGACGACAAGGUAUCGCUAGCCGCUUGUUAUCAGCUGCGGCCGCGACGUUCAUCCAUGGCUGUCCACUGGACCCUGUCAAUGGCGAUGUCGCGUUUACACAACCGACCGAAGGGGGGCACGCUGUCAUGCAAAACUGGGGCGGAGGAGGCGUAAGAAUAUAUGAGGAGUAA